AUUAUGAGUGAGGAGGCACCGAAAGUGGCUAAACAGCCAAUGACGGAUGAGGAGAGACUUGCUCUCUGCCAGAAACUGGAUAAAGAGUUGGAUGACUUCAUAGAUAGCUUAGAGAAGAAGAGAUACACAGAAGGAUGGAGCGAAGAUACUUGGGAGGAAGAAAUGGACAAACAUCCAUUUUUCAUGAAGUCUACCCCUGAAGAUGGUGCCCUGUCACCCCUGGCCGAAGGUCUGGCCAAGCUGAAGUAUGACCCGGAGGAGAACACACCGCUGGAGCUCGCUGCCAACUACAAGGAGGAUGGCAACUUCAAUUUCAAGCAUAAAAACUAUAGGCUGGCUAUAUUAGGUUAUACCGAAGGCAUCAAACAGAGAUGCAAUGAUGCAGAAAUAAAUGCAAGCUUAUACAACAACCGGGCCGCAAGUCAUUGGCAUCUAAAGAAUUAUAGAUCAGCCUUGUUUGACAGUGAGAAGGCUCUUAGUUUCAACGCAAACCAUACCAAGGCUCGGAUCCGUGCCGCAAAGGCAGCUUUAGAAGUAACCAAAUAUGACACUUGCAUAGAACACUGUCAGAAACUUUUAGAAGGUGAAUCUAAAGAUAAAGAAAUAGUUGAACUAUUAAACACAGCAAAGAAGAAGAAACAGCAACAGGAACGUGACCAAAGAAGGAAAGAGAGGAAAAAUGAAAAGGACAGUGAACAAAAGGAUCAAGUCAUAAAGGCUAUUAUUCAACGAGGAAUCAAAAUAUCAAAAUGCGAUGAUGAGGAUGACAUAGAUUUGUCUAAGUUGGAACCGAGUUUACCAGGAGCACAGGAUGCCAUAGUACAUAUUGAAGAUGGUGUACUACGGUGGCCUUUACUGCUUUUGUAUCCAGAAUUUCAAAUGACAGACUUUAUUAGAGGUUGUCCUGAAAACGUACCGUUAUUAAAUCAGUUGGAACAAGUCUUCCCAGCACCUUGGGAUGAAGAGAAUAAGUACAGUUGUUCUAAAAUCAAUGUAUAUUUCGAAGGUUAUGAUAAAAUGCCUCAUGUGAUUGAUCCUUCGAAGAAUCUUGGUGAUUUAUUAGUAACGAAGUACUAUGAAUUGAAGGCUGGCACUCCAGCAUUCUUUAUUCUACCUCGAGGUAGUGUUGUUGAACGCAGGUUUUUGGAAAGUUACAUUUGAUUGUAAUAUUGUUUUAUUAUAUUUUAUUUAAGUUGAAAUAAAUUAAGUUUUGUAUAUUGAAUGUUGAA